UCUGUGCCUGUAGCCACUGCGCUGGCAGCAUUUUUGCGAGGAACGCAGGCAAACAUGGCUUACGUGCUCAGGCGUCCUCGGUGCUUCUCGUGCUUUUUGCUACUCCUAGUCCUAGUUCUUGCUACACCGCUGUGUCAUGGAUCUGAAGCAAUGGGUGACUGUUCGGGACGCUUUCAUGUAGAAGAUUCGACCGUCAAGCUCUACGUCCAACAGUUCCUCAACUCCACCCGCAGCCUCGUUGAGUGCCGCUACAUCUUCGAGGCACCACGGGACUCGGGCUUGCUAGUCUUUGCGAAUGACAUCAGAGCCGUACACGACUCCGAUAUACCAGGGUGCCCCGUUACCAUCUACAGCAAUGCCGAUGCAUCCGGAGAGCCUGUCGUUUCUUUGUGUGAGCACUACGCUACCAUGACAAUUCCUGUGCCUUCUUCCGUAGCCUUGGUAGUCUACAAGCCGCAGUUCAAUGGCAAACCGUACACCCUAACACUGGACUUGCAGGUUACUUUGACCGGAGGAACCAACCUUCGCGCAUGCGGCGACUCCUAUAUUAACGCGCUGUCCAUCGUACCGAUGAAAUACUCGGUGGGUUUUAGAGCCGACGCUGGCUCGGGCGACACGUCUGAUUUCUGCGACCUCAACGUGACAAGCAAGGACAGUGACGAAACCUUGGGCACCAACUGCGUGCUCACCAGUGACGGCGUCUGCAACUACGAGGUUCUUGUGAACAACGGAAGCGCGGCGGAGUCCGCAGGCUCGGUUGACCUAGACGUCUUUGGCGGAUCGGCCACGGUCAGGCUUCACCCGGCCGGCAUCACCGGUGUCCUGGUCUCCACUCUUCCGGCGGGAUUCGUACCCCUGACCUCCCUACAGCCGCCACCCGCAGUGUCGCCGCCUGAAGAAACAGUUACAGCCUCUUCUGGCGCAACGAACGGCGCUGACGUGAACGAGACUUCCACAGAAGGAUCGGCUGGUUCUCUUGUGAGCUUGGACACUGACUUGGCAAUGAACGAGACGGAGGCACCGAUGUUGAACGUCACCGACUACAACACGACCACAGGUGUCGAUGCCGCAAAUACGAGCACUUCUGGGGGCAAUGAUGAUACUAAUAACGACGACGAUGACGGCAAUGUCAUACAUGUCAUCAUAAUCGACGACACUCCGACAACGUUCUGGCGUAGAACAACUGACUGGUUCAGCGAAACGUGGACCACCAUGUAUUAUACGGUUACGUUUACCUACAGGAGUUUUGAAACAUGGCUUUGGAGCUGGUUCUGAGUCUGACAAUUGGAGGCUGUGACAUAAACCCAGCAAAGUGUAUCUACUGAGCAACACGAUAAAGAUGGCACUGCCAUAAUAAAACCAGUGAUAA